ACAUGCAGCUGUAUAUGAGGAACAGAUAACACGUGACAUAUGUGAGUUUCUUUGGCUUUGAACAACAAAUCUGUUUUUGGCUCCUCCACAAAUAAACAGAGCGACAUUAAUUUGAUGACGUAAUUACGCCCAGUUUCCGCUUUUACCCUUACGAACUGAGCGUUCUGACGUCACAGCUGUUCCUGGUCUGCUGCCGCCAUCUUGGUUACCUCGUGCUGUUGCGGAGCUUCUGGACAGAAUCAUUAUGAAUCAAGAAAAGCUAGCCAAACUUCAGGCACAGGUCCGAAUAGGCGGCAAGGGUACAGCCCGGAGAAAGAAGAAGGUUGUACACAGAACAGCAACAGCCGACGACAAGAAACUUCAGAGCUCCCUGAAGAAGCUGGCAGUAAAUAACAUAGCUGGUAUUGAAGAGGUAAAUAUGAUUAAAGAUGACGGCACAGUUAUCCACUUCAAUAAUCCUAAGGUGCAAGCUUCCCUCUCUGCAAACACCUUUGCAAUUACUGGUCAUGCAGAAGUCAAACAGAUCACAGAAAUGCUCCCAGGUAUCCUCAGCCAGCUAGGAGCAGACAGUCUCACAAGUCUCCGCAAGCUGGCUGAACAGUUCCCAAGGCAAGUUCUAGACAGUAAAACUCCGAAACAUGAGGACAUAGAGGAGGAGGACGAUGAUGUACCUGAUCUUGUAGAGAACUUUGAUGAGGCGUCAAAGAACGAAGCAAACUGAACUAUUGCUGAUCCUUGGAAGAUACCAUGGACUUGAUUUUAACAAAUUCAAUAUCGGCUGUGUGGUUCCAAAGUUUUACAGGCAAACGUGUUCAUAGUUCAUAAUAUAAAUAUUUUGUAUUUUAAUAAUGCUGUGGCAGCAUUUUUCUUGCUGUUUAUUUUGCGUUUUGCACUUCCCUAGCACUGGCUGUCUUUUUGGACGAUUCGAAAAAUGAUUAAAAAUAUUUUUUUUUCUGCUUUUCAAUAACUGGUUGAAAGCAAGACGACUCCUAUAACACUUAUUUCUUGCCCAGAUAUCAAAUAAAACACUUCUUUAGAUCUGG